CCAUUGAAAAGGCUGUUAGGGGGAAGAGCAAAAUAUAGUAACAGCACAAACAAGAACCUGCAUGACAGUGAAGGUUUGGGGGGAGAGCUGGCUCGUGCUAUACGGGUUACCCAGACCCUGUCAGUACCCCAAAUCUAAAAAGCCUGACCUAUAGCUGGCUACACUCUGCAUCUUACUGACUCUGAGUGCAUGGACACCAAGGCAGCUCUCUCUGCGAACCCAGCUCCCAGGAGUAUACGGACAGCAAUCCCAAUUCUCUAGGAUGGAGCACAGGGCAGAAUGAGUAGCUGAGCACAGGAGGGAGAGAAGGAGGUAAAGAGAAAGAGAGGAGCUCCACCUGUACAGCAGCCAUCACACUAUAACCACAGCAGAAGCCCCCACAACACAAUCCUAGGACAGGGGUCAGAAUGGAGGGCAAUACAGGUGGUGUCAUUGCUUACAUCCGCUCCUCAAGCUCAGCCUCCAGCCCUUCCUCCUGCCACAGCGAGAGUUCUAACAGUAGUUUCCAGUCAUCCUCUCUGCCAUCCUCCCCCAGCAGUUCUUCCUCGGAAGGAAGUUGCGGUGGGAGCAGUGGAAAUGGAAGCAAGAGAAAAAGUGACCUUUCUAAUGGAGGCAUCCAGUCCAGCCUGCAGGAAACACAGAGAAAUCAGCAAGUGGACACGUUGUGUAUCACGACAACCUAUACGAGUGUUCCAACCCAGACCAAAACCCACGGGGGGCCUUCAUCCAAAUUCAAUGGCAUGAUCCUCCUGUGUAAGGUGUGUGGCGAUGUAGCGUCUGGAUUUCAUUAUGGGGUGCACGCUUGUGAAGGCUGCAAGGGUUUUUUCAGACGAAGCAUACAGCAGAACAUCCAGUACAAAAAGUGCCUCAAAAACGAGAGCUGCUCCAUCAUGAGAAUGAAUCGAAAUCGGUGCCAGCAAUGCCGAAUUAAGAAGUGUCUGUCUGUUGGGAUGUCCCGUGAUGCUGUUCGCUUUGGCCGCAUUCCAAAGCGUGAGAAGCAAAGGAUGCUAAUUGAAAUGCAGAGUGCCAUGAAAUCAAUGAUGAACAGCCAAUUCAGGGGCCCUGUACUUACCGAAACGCUACCAAAUUAUCAAGCAUCUCCAUCUCUACUGCCAUCACUUCCCCAACCAGCUCAAGAGAAGCCAGAAUCUAAAUUUCAGUGUUACACAAAAGUGAAUAGUUCCAACCUACCAAAUCCUCCUGCUCGUCCUCCACCACCAUCUUCACCUCCAUCCUUUGACGCUAGCAAAGAAGAUGUUAUCCGGACUGUAACCAGGGCUCACAGGGAGACCUUUAUGUAUAACCAAGAGUCUUCUGAAGUUCCAGCUGCAACAUAUGGACAUAGAGAAGAAGGAAAUUUUGGUGUCAAAUGCAAUAACAAUGACCAUUUUAGCAAGUCACAGAAUUCCCCUCAUUACCACGUGAAUGAAAGCCAGAACCAUAUGAAUGGGACAAACAAAGGCAGGAAUAUCAUGGACUACCAGAGUGGGCAUGCCAUCUCCUUUGCCAAUGGACACAGUGUCAACUUUUCAAACGGAUUGUCCCGUUGUAGUAAAGCAUCAAUGUGUGAUGUACCUCAGAACAACAACAUGAGUGGAUACAUUUGCAGCAGAGGACAACGAAGAAAUCUGGUCUGUCCGAUGAGCAUGUCUCCAUUCAUGGAUCCCAAUAAAUCUGGACCUCAAAUCUGGGAAGAGUUUUCUAGGAGUUUUACCCCCGCUGUUAAAGAGGUAGUUGAAUUUGCCAAGCGCAUUCCAGGAUUUAAAGAUCUCUCACAACCUGACCAGGUUAAUCUUCUGAAGGCUGGGACAUUUGAGGUGCUGAUGGUACGGUUUGCGUCACUGUUUGACGCUAAGGAGCGUACUGUCACCUUUCUUAGCGGGAAGAAGUACAGUGUUCAUGAAAUGCACACGAUGGGAGCUGGAGAUCUGCUGAACUCUGUGCUUGAUUUUAGUGAGAAGCUCAGUGCUCUGCAGCUUAGUGAAGAGGAGAUGAGUUUAUUUACAGCAGUUGUCCUGGUGUCUGCUGAUCGAUCUGGUAUUGAAAAUGUAAACUCUGUUGAAGCUCUGCAAGAAACCUUAAUCCGCGCUCUUAGAACUCUAAUCAUGAAAAACCACCACAAUGAGGCCUCAACCUUUACCAAACUCCUUCUUAAGUUAGCAGAUCUGCGGAGCCUCAAUAACAUGCACUCAGAGGAACUUCUGGCCUUCAAAAUUCACCCAUAGGCCUCUUAAUGACGAAUGUGUUGUCUGUUGUACAUUGUGUGAUAGAGCAUAUCUGUCUAGUGUUAGGCUACACCUCCCUUUAAUUUCUACGCACUAUUAAACCACUCCAACUCACACAGCUUUGUGCCUUCCUUUUAACAUGUGCAUUGUCCUUACUAGUGGCCUAUCAGUUUGUUACAGAGGAUUGCCUACUAACUGGCACUUACCUACCUACGUACCUUUUAUAGUGUAUUGUGGGAGAGGUCAAAAUAAGAGUGGAUAUACUUUCAGGCACCCGGAAGACCCAAAGAAGCUGUGUUGUGUUGGAAAGGUUGUGUGGUUGUAAAUUCCGUUCCCACUUGGUGGAGCCAAAAUUAUAUUCUACCAAAAAGUUUAUGCUUAGCUCUGACAGAGCUUUUUGAUCCAAACAUUACCAAGCCUAGUAGCAUGACAGGUUUUAAAAACAGUCUGUGGAAUCGUUGUUCACUAACACUAUGUUAAUCAAGUUUAAUUAUCGUUUAACGCACUUUGGAAAUACUUCUAAAGUUCUAUAUAGUAAUUUAUAGAUGUCAGACAAUAAUUUCUGUUGUGAAGCCAUUUUGUCAUAAUUGUAGAACUCUAAGCCAGUUUUGUGCCUAAACAUCUGGAUCGAUCUCAUUUGGCACAUAUUCUUAGAUAUUGUAAAUAUCAGUAGGUAGAAUGUUAAAAUAUAUAAAUUUAUAUAUGUAAAUGGCAGCCUCCUCACAAUAUUUUAACAUGUGAAGAAAGCUGCUACAGUUUAAGUUGAGGUUUAUGAAAUGUUUAAAAAUAUUAAGACUUUAUUGAGGAAUUUACAAUGAACUGUAUAUAUAUUUUUUUUGUUUUUAGGUAAAAAAAAAUAAAAAAAAUUAUAAAACUGAUGAUGCUGCUGGCGCUGAAAACAUUUAACCCUUUGAGCGCCAGAUUGGCUGUUGUGUGCCCGCGCAUUGCAAGAACCAUCACUGCAUCACACGACUGGCACCAAAAUUAAGUUAAGCCUACCAAUGCAAUUGGAUCUUGCAAUAUGUCAAAUUUCAAGUUGCUACUUUGUUGGCACAGCUGUGUAUGUAUGUG